AGAAGAAUCGGUUGUGACUUGUGUAUCAAAAGAGAACCAAGAAUAAGGCAGUUUCAGCACGAUUGCCGUUGAUUCAGUACUUUGAUUCCAUGUCUAGGAAAUAACACUCCCUGAACUUUUUGUGAAUUCAACACAUGUCCAUGGGAAAUGUGAAGUGCUUAGGUGUAGUUUCGACACAGAUAGGGAGAGAAAUGGUAAGAGCAUUCUUGCAGAAUACAGCUGUUAAGAAAAGCACUGUCGAUGCUGCUUUUUCCCAGUUUAUUACAUGGCGAGGAAUGCAUAGUAGGAAUAAGAUGGCAAUGGAGUUUGUAGCCAAAGGUUUUAGCACUUUGAAGGAAGUUGAUAGAGUUAUUGACUAUUGCGAACUUAAAGACAAGCGUCUCCUCGGUCCACUUAGGAAAGCGAAAGAAUUUUUUGAGUUGGCGCUUGAAGCUGACAACUCGAAUACUCAUGCUAGAUAUUGGCUAUCCAAAUUGCAUCUCAAGUACCAUGUCCCUGGUGCAAAUAAAGCUGUUGGGGCUGCUUUGCUAGUGGAAGCUGCUGAGAUGGGUGAUCCGGAGGCACAGUAUGAACUCGGUUGCAACCUAAGAGCUGAGAAUGGUUAUGUGCAAUCUGAUCAGCAAGCAUUCUAUUAUCUGGAGAAGGCAGUUGACCAGUUGCAUCCCGGUGCUCUCUACCUCUUAGGAGCCGUAUAUUUGACCGGGGAAUGUGUGAACAAAGAUAUUCCCUCUGCAAUAUGGUGUUUCCAUAGGGCAUCUGAGAAGGGCCAUGCAGGUGCUGCCAUAGCUUAUGGAUCUCUGCUUCUUAAAGGUGUUGAACUUCCAGAAUCAUUAACCAAAUUCAAUCAGAAAGCAUUUCCGAAGAGAAAAUCGAGGAAGAACAUUGAAAGCCCGGAGUACACCCCAAUUGAGCUGGCAAGAGAACAGUUUGAAAUUGCUGCCACUGCAGGUUGCAACCUUGGAUUGAAAUGGUUGAAAAGACUCGAAGAGGAAGAGGAAGCGCUUUUGACUUCUUAAUUCAGUGAGUGACUUGGUAAAUUUUGACGAUCGUAUUUUGCAUAGCAAACACUCUAGUUCAUCAUAUAAUAUAAUCUUAUUCAACACAAAUUAAUCGGUGUAAUUUCACAGUUUCCCUUGAGAUUUACGAUAAGUUAUUCAGCUCAUACGUGUAUUACUUGGCUGAUAUCAUAUUCUUGUAUCUCUUCAAAGAAUACGGGGACGAUGGAAACCUUGCCCACAGUAGUAAUUCAUAUUCUAAAGCUAGCACGUGAAUAAAUCCAUAUAUUUCAGUUUUAAA